UUCAAUGUUUUUUCGCGACCAAAUUCUGUUCCUGCUGUGCCUGGGCCUUAGCGAUCUGCUGCCACUGACAUGGAGCCGAUCGCUGACCGUCUCGCUGAACAUGUCCAUGACGCGAUCCGUAGACGAGGAGGAGCAGAAUGCAACGAAGAGAUCGCUCAGCGAGGACAUGAUGCAGUCGUGCAUUCGCCGGACAGAGAUUUCUAUGUCGCAGUUGAAGCUCUUCCACAUGAGCCUCCUGAACAACGAUUACACCAGCGAUAAUGAUGUGGCGGCGCCCAUAGGACCGGGAGAGAACAACCUGGCCGACGGGGACUAUGGCAUCAAUUCCCAGAUGCCAUACCUCGACCUCAAGGGCAACGAGCCGCUGCAAUGCUUCGUGAGCUGCUUGUAUGAGAGCCUGGACGUGUACCGCUACAACAUCCUGCUGGAGCAGGCCUUCCGGCAACAGGUGCAGAACAUGCUGCAGAAGGAGAAGCCAGCGGUGAAGGAAUGCGGGGACCUCCAGGGACGCACACGCUGCGAGGCGGCCUACAAGCUGCAUCUCUGCUACAAUCAUCUCAAGACCAUGGAGACGGAGCAGCGAAUCAGGGACAUUAUCGAGCGCAGCGAAAUGGCUGAGGGUAAUGAGGGCCUAGACAGCGAGAAGGAGCCCGACGGCGAUGUCAUCGAUGGCACUCAGCACUCCAAUGAAGUCAACUCGAAGGAGGAAUAA